AUGAUCCACUGUGUUGAAUUUCGUUUAGGGAACCAUAUUGAUCCAAUUCAUAUACCGAUUGAAACUGAGUAUACAGCACUUGUCGUUCGUAUAAAUGAAAAUGGUGAUCCACUAGUAAUUUAUGUUGGAAAACGACUUCGCAACAAGAACGAGUAUGCAUCUAUGCCAAGUUUUGAUGCUAAACAAUUGAAUGGCGAUUAUACUGGUUUGUUCAGUUCUGCGUAUACACCGAGUGGCACACGUAAUUUACUUGAACCUGCUAUACAAGUAAUACAUGCUGAUGGAAAUCCAUCAUUGGAACUGAAAUAUGUUUCUCAUCAGCAAGACACUCUUGAUCAAUCACAUGGAAUAGGAUUAACAACAAUUCAUUUGAAAGAUCCUGUUUAUCCAUUUGAAGUUACUCUCUACUAUAAAGCCUACUAUAAAGAAAAUGUCAUUGAACAAUGGACAAGUAUCAAACAUACAGAAUCGGAUGUCGUACGCUUGCAAAAAUACAGUUCGGCUAAUCUAUAUUUUAGUUCGACUAAUAAAUAUUAUUUGACACAUUUUCAUGGUAAUUGGGCACGAGAAAUGAGCCCAGAAGAAAUUCAAUUAACUGCAGGUAUUAAAGUGUUAGAUACGAAAUUAGGGACACGAGCUGAUCUAUUUCAACCGCCGUCGUUUUUCAUAUCAUUACGCCAACCAUUGAAUCUUGUAGAUGAAGAUUAUGGUGAAGUGUUUGCUGGUACAUUGGCAUGGUCAGGCAAUUAUCAGAUUCAAUUUGAAAUCGAUCCACUUCGUAAUUUACGGCUUAUUGCUGGUAUCAAUCCAUAUGCAUCAGAAUAUUUUUUACUGCCCGACAAAGAAUUUGUUACGCCUAGUUUUAUUUUCACUUAUUCUUGCCAAGGUUUAUGUCUAGUCAGUCGAAAUUUCCAUCGGUGGGCAAGAAAAUAUCGAAUUCCACAAGGUGAAGGCAAUCGAUUGACUUUACUCAACAAUUGGGAAGCAACAUUUUUUGAUUUUGAUGAACAGAAGUUAGUUAACUUAAUCAAAGAUGGAAAAAAAUUAGGUGUCGAUUUAUUUCUUCUUGAUGAUGGUUGGUUUGGUAAUAAAUAUCCAAGAAAUUAUGAUAGUGCUGGUUUAGGCGAUUGGCAAGAAAAUGUUCAAAAGUUACCACAUGGUAUUGGCUAUUUGGUGAACGAAGCUGAAGCAAUAGGUCUCAAAUUUGGCAUUUGGAUUGAACCGGAAAUGGUAAAUCCCAAGAGUGAACUAUACGAAAAUCAUCCUGAUUGGGUUAUUAAACUACCCAAUCGAUCCGAAUAUUAUUUUCGUAAUCAACUCGUCCUUGAUAUGUCUAAUGAAGCAGUUCGAGAAUUCGUUUAUGACGUUGUUGAUCGAUUAUUUACUCAACAUCCGAAAUUAGCUUAUAUAAAAUGGGAUUGUAAUGCUGUGAUUUAUAAUGCUUAUUCUGCUACAAAUCCUCAUCAAUCUCAUUUAUACGUUGAUUAUGUUCGUGGUUUAUAUAGUGUUUUAGAUCGUCUCCGAAAAAAAUAUCCAUCUGUAUCAAUUAUGUUAUGUUCAGGUGGUGGUGGACGAAUUGAUUAUGGCGUUUUACAAUAUUUUACUGAAUUUUGGCCAAGUGACAAUACGGAUGGAUUAGAACGAAUAUUCAUUCAGUGGAGUUAUUCAUUCUUUUUUCCAGCAAUUUCUAUUUGCAAUCAUGUCACUGAUUGGGGUAAACAAUCGUUAAAAUUUCGAACCGAUGUUGCUAUGAUGGGCAAAUUAGGUUAUGAUAUUGUUGUUAGUAAAUUAGAUGAAAACGAACUGCUAUUCAGUCAACAAGCACUUCAUAGUUAUGCGCGUUUAAAAGAUAUUAUUUGGCAUGGUGAUCUCUUUCGACUUGUAUCUCCAUAUCGACACGAGCAUGAUAUUGCAUCAUUGAUGUUUGUCAGUGAAAAUCAAGACAAAGCAAUUUGGUUUACAUAUUUGAUUAGCAAUCGUUAUUGUGCUGGUAGUAAUGGUGUCGUUCGAUUAAAAGGACUUGAUUCGAUGAGGGCCUACACAAUUCAAGAGAUUAAUAUCUAUCCAGGCACUGAUAGCUCAACGAUCAUUUUUCAAAAUUCAUUAUCCGGAGAUUAUCUGAUGACAUUUGGAUUUGAUCCAAUGGUAGAUACACGAAGACCAAGUGUUGUUCUAGAAUUGACGACUCAUAUUUGA